AUGAAAAUAGAAGAAUGGUCUAACUGGGAGACACUCGGUAUAGACUUUCCAAUUCACUUUACUUUAUAUGUUGCCGAAGUGGAGGAUAGUGUUAAUAACUUCGGGAAUCUUUCAGCACGUCUGGAAAAAUCGAUUAUGUCGAAAUAUGAUUCUAUCAACUCAAUAAAUGGUGAAAAUAAUUCUUUAAAAUCGAUUCGAUUUCCGAUUAAAUGCGAAAUGGUAAAGUGGGAUGGAUGGAGAGAUGUCCUCAAAGAAAGAUUUGAUCCUGAAAUUUUAAAUUUUGAAAGUAGGAAUGGACAAUAUGCUUUUUAUAUAUUACCUGGGAGCAGUGUGAAUACGAGAGUUUUGGUGGGAAAUCAAAGACAAGCGAUUAUAGAGUUUAAGAAUUGGAAUAUUGAUUUCGUCGAGAAGACUAUUUCGAAUAUUAUUUUAAGCUUAUUUUUACCUGAGCAAGCUGCUAUCAAAAAGUUCAUCUUAGAACCCUCGGCUGAUGCAAAGGUAGAAAUUGACAGCAUGAGAACAAUGAAAUAUUCACCGAUGUAUCAAGUAACAUUUAGCCUCAUGAACGGUGAUCCAUCAAGUUUGCUUGUAGACUGGGAUAUUGAACGGGCUGUUGAUAAAUACCUGAAACCAUUUGUUGACGAGAUUUCAAUAAUUUCGAAUAUGACUGUUGAAUCUCAAGUUCAGCAUUAUGCCAGGUUUACAUUUGAGCCUCGGAAAAACAUCAAUAAUGAGAAUGAAUCUUUCUAUCUAACCCCGGAGUUAUUACCCCACUUUAUCAAUGCAGCUGAGUGGAACCUUGCUUCAGCAGUGACCUCUUAUCCGACACUUAAUUUCAUUUUGUAUGUUCCAUCAUUAGAACAGAGUCCUUUGUAUAUACAAGAUUCAAAAGGAAACGUUGUAAAUAAUAACGCUUUCCUAAUACCAAGAUGGGGGGGCGUUGUCGUGGAAAACCCGAACAGAUCUACGGGAUCUCACACUUUUACGUUUGGCGAAUUGAAAUCUGCGAUGUCCAUUUUUAUUAUGCAAUUAAGGGGAUUACUUGGU